UGGAUUUCGGAUUGGAAUGAUGUUAUGCUUGUACUGUGGAGGACUACUCAUUCAAGCAGAUUAUUGAGGAAUUGCACUCUCCUAUGCCUUGGACUAAGCCCUUAGUCACUAAUGAACCUGCCCCUCAUUUGAUGGAACCGGAAUUCGCAGAUCCUGCACCCCCAGCAGUUCCACACCCUGCCAUGGCCAUCCUCCUCUAAACUCCAACCUCCUUCCUGCACUCUUCAAACCGCAUAGAGCAGGCCCAGGCAUUCACAUGGAUCCGCAGUCACUUGGAAGAGGACAGUGAGAUCUGUGUGCCUAAGCAUGAGGUCUAUGAUGAUUACAGGCUGUACUGUGAAAGUCAUAAUCUGAAGCCCCUUUGUCCAGCUGAUUUUGGGAAGGUCAUGAAAUGCGUUUUUCCAAAUGUCAAGCCACGUCGCCUUGGGCAGCGAGGACAAUCAAAAUAUUGCUACAGUGGUCUGCGUAAGAAGCUUGAGGUGCAGCCGCCAUCUCUUCCAGAACUGGAGAUCACACCAAAGAAGGAAAAGGAAGAAAAGACUGAGGAAGACGAGGUUUACACUGCUUCACGUCAGCUUGUGUGUGAAUGGGCACAUAAGCUUUUGGGAACAAAUUUCAACAAUUUACGAGAAUUGGCUGAGUUUCUGGUUGGGAAUCUGUACGUCAACAGUAAAUCAACUGCAGCAUUCACUGUGUUAGCUGCCAUGCAAGAUGCAGGACUUCAUAAUUCAAAAGUUCCUGUAUCAAGCCUGUUUACAUGCACGUCUGGUGGCAACAAACACAAGGAGACUCAGCUUCAGCUUCAACGGAAGUUGCAAGAGAGAGAACUUAUUAAGGAACAGAAGCGAAGACUACAACAACAGCGAUCUGAGAAUGAACGUGAGAAUGAUCACCUUCGUUCACAAUCUCUUGGUCAUUCACCAUCACCAUUUCAGUUAGCUGCAAAAAGUGCUGCUCGCAAUAUAACCAAGCUUCUGCAGUCUCCAGGAGCCGGGGACAACUGUCUCAAGACAAGCCCCCACACUCUGCAGGAAAUGAUAAAGCAACAAGACAGAAAGUCUGGUGUGGAGGCUACCAUAGACAACCAUUGUAAUGGCCACAGUGAUAUGGAUGUUCAGGCUGACAAUGGUAGUGUUAAUGGAAGGCAGAGUGAUAAUGGCCAAUACCAUGUUGUCAAAAAGCCAGCUGUAAGGCCUGCUAGCCAGUUAGGAGAUAUUUCAGAUAAAGCAGUUCAGAAGACAGAUGUUCAAACAGACCAUAAGUCAAACCCUUUAAACUCUAAUUCUGAAACAAAUUCUGAAAAUGGACAUUUUGCUUUGCCAACAACUCCUUCACGCAGUGCUUUUGUACCUGUAUCAAAUCAAAGAAAGGAUUUUUGUUCCACAACACAUCCUAAUUCAGGUUUGAUAGACUUCUUAGAGGAAUCAGGAGAAGACAAGCAUACUUUACUAACUGAAUCUUUUGACACUGAUUCAAAGACCAAUGGGAAGUCAAACUAUUUAAAGGACAUGCUUCAGAGAGAAACAAGUUCUGAUAACAAAUCCAGCAACUCACCUGUUAUUGUCAGUGGUGAAAGUAGCACAAGUACUGUUCCUUCGUCACCUCAGACACCUAAGAAGUCUCGAAGUCGCUUUACACCAAUACGCCCUAAAAUAACACCAACAAAGACUGUAUCAUCGAUCCUCAAAGACCACAAGAAUGCAAACGGUGAUGGUCCUGCAUAUGACAGCAGACCUGUUUCGGCUAUUCUGAAAGAAAAACGUGCCCGUGAAGCUCAAGAAAUUUUGACUCAAUUGGCAAGCAAUGUUCAGUUGCAAAGCAGUCCUUUACCUCAAGGCAUGAAUGUCUCUGGACCUGUUUCCUCGGUUUCGUCAGAUGUCCUUAAAUUGCCACUACCUGCAGGGAAUUGUUCAAAUUCAAAUGAAGUUUUCAUUAUUGUUGGAUCCCCGAAAGCAGGAACAUCAAAAGUAAAUAGUCAGUCAAUUACAGUAUCCCAGGGAGCAUUUGACAUUAUGAGCAACACUCAGUUCCCCCCAAAUGUGACAGCACCAAUGCCAUCCUCAGUUCCAUUAACUUUGUUGCUAGCAAAACAAGAAGAAAUGCAAUUUCAAGGUAGUAGACAAUUGGACAGCAACUCACAGGACAAUUCAGAUUUAUCUGAUAAUGGCAAUAUCACUGACAAUGAUAUACAAAAACCUGAUGAAUCUCAGGACAUGAUCAUUUCAAGAGACACUGACACACCAUCAGGAAGAAAACGCAAGUCCAGUGACAGAGAUGUGGAAAGUAAAACCAAAAGAAUGAAUUCCACCGACGUAAGAAAUGAAGAAGAUGAAGUGUUUCUUCCUCCUGGGGAAACACAGACAGCAGGAACAGUUGAUCCAAACUCAAAGACGAUGUCUGUGUUGGUUCAAGCUGAGGCAGUGUCUUGUGGCUGUGAGAAUCGUGCAUCUGGUGGCAAGUUGAGUGUGGAGAGUCUGGAGAGUGAUGCCUUGCUUGACAGUGCACCCAUGGCAGUGGACCAGGAUCUUGUUUCUUCUCUUUCAAAACCAAAUCUUCUCACAAGUCAGACUGCUUCUAUUGGCAUCAGUGCAAAGUCAAUGAGAUCAACACAAAAACAAC